ACCCAUCUUCCCCCUUCGCACCCAGCCAACCAUCCUAGCUCACAUUGCCUGCAGAAAUCUCUCCCUUCCCUCACAAUCGCUCACUUGAACCCUAGAAAAUUCCGAACCCAAGUUUCCCGAUCGAUCGCUCGUACAAGCGCCCGGUCUCUCCACCUUGAAUCGCUGCGCGAGUUGUGUUCGUUGGGGUAGAACCCGGUGGCAGACGAGUUGAAGACAUCACGGCUAUACACGGCAUAACUCGGCCUCUCAUCCAUGCCCGCUCCGUUCGACGCCGCAAGGGUUGCCUGAUCGCCGCCUCCUGCGUCGGCAACCCUUCGCCGCACGGCGGACGAGGCGCCCUCCCCUCCGAAGGCGGCAGCCCCUCCGACCUCCUCUUCCUCGCCGGCGGCGGUCCCUCCUCCCUCCCCUACUGCUAGCAUAUUCUUUUUUAGGGUUUCGUAUUCGUCCUAGUUACGACGUAUUCUACUGCGUGUAUUAAGCAAGUUGCUGGUUUUUAGAUCUUGUAUUUUUUCUCGUGCCUGUUCUAGUUGCUUUCGAUUUCGAGAGAGAGAGAGAGAGAGAGAGAGUUGAAAGAAAGCGGUGAGAGAAGAUGAUGCUCAGGAUUAAGAGGGUUCCGACCGUCGUUUCGAAUUACCAGAAGGAGGAGGUUGAAGGGGGGCGUGACCGGGGUUGUGGCCGCAAUUGUCUCAACAAUUGCUGCGUUCAAGGGGCGAAAUUCCCUUUGUAUGCUUUCAAGAAGGAGAAGGAAGUCCCUAGCGACAAUGCUUUGCUUGGGCAUGAGGACAUGGAGCCUCCUGUGGCGUUUCUUGACUCUCUUCUGCUUGGAGAGUGGGAGGAUCGGAUGCAGAGGGGUCUAUUUCGCUAUGAUGUCACUGCCUGCGAAACUAAGGUGAUUCCGGGUGAGUGUGGCUUCAUUGCCCAGCUGAAUGAAGGACGUCAUCUCAAGAAGAGACCGACCGAGUUCCGUGUUGAUAAGGUGCUCCAGCCUUUCAAUGGAAGCAAAUUCAACUUCACCAAAGUUGGUCAGGAAGAGGUGAUCUUUCAGUUCCAAGCAAGCGAGGAUGGUGAAACUCAGUUCCUCCCCUGUGCUCCAAUUGAUGUUGAUAGUUCCCCCAGUGUUGUUGCCAUCAAUGUCAGUCCUAUUGAAUAUGGCCAUGUGCUGUUGAUCCCUCGCAUCCUGGAGUGCCUGCCUCAAAGGAUUGAUCACUCGAGUUUCUUGCUUGCCCUGUACAUGGCUUCAGAAGCAGGAAAUCCUUAUUUCCGACUAGGUUACAACAGCCUGGGGGCAUUUGCCACCAUCAAUCACCUGCAUUUCCAGGCAUACUAUUUGGCUGUGCCCUUCCCUGUUGAGAAGGCUCCCACUCGAAAAAUAGCAGCCCUUGACAAUGGGGUGAAUGUAGCUGAACUUGCCAAAUAUCCAGUCAGAGGUCUUGUUUUUGAAGGUGGAAGUACCAUGCAAGACUUGUCCAAUGCAGUUUCGGACUCGUGUAUCUGCCUGCAAGACAACAAUAUACCUUACAACGUCCUCAUAUCUGAUUGUGGAAAGCGUAUUUUCGUCUUCCCACAGUGUUAUGCUGAGAAGCAAGCUCUCGGAGAAGUCAGUGCAGAGCUUCUGGACACGCAAGUGAACCCAGCUGUGUGGGAAAUCAGCGGGCAUAUGGUCCUAAAGAGGAAGAAAGACUAUGAGGAGGCAUCUGAGGAGAAUGCAUGGAGGCUCCUAGCAGAGGUUUCCCUAUCUGAGGAGAGGUUCCAGGAAGUGAGCGACCUGAUCUUUGAGGCAAUCUCUUGCAGUAUUGAUUAUGUUGCUCAAAGCUCGCUUGACGAGCCCAAUGCUGAACCUUUGGAGGACUUUGCCGCCACCUGCCCCAAUACGGUGGGUGGGAAGAAUGAUUGCCUGGUCCUGCAGUGAGAAAUUCAUCCUUUGGAUAUCUGCAUUGUGGGAGUCUUGUGUGUGUGUGUCUCUGGAAAUUCAGUUGCUAUGGGGCUUCCUGAGGAAUGCCAGCAACUUGCUGAAUAAGCGAACUUGGUUUCGAUGUUCUAGUGUCGGUGUGUAGUGUCUGUUUUUAGAAUGUUUCAUCUGUGUUCACCCUGAAUCAACCGUUGGUGUAAAUUACUGUAUUGGUACGCUUCUGAGGAUGUUAUCUAGUAUCCUCCGACAGCUUGAUGUUUCAACUCUCCUGCUUAAAUUUUAGUUCAGAUGGAUGCUCCCUUUCAAGUAACUGCUUAAGUUUUCCUCUUGCCUGAAGUGGACAAUACUACUUUCUCCCAGUUCAAAGCAAAAAUGAGAUAAACUACCUGAAAUCAUUGAAAAUUAAUAUAUUCAAUGUGCUCU